AGGCUGUGAAGCGUGUGAAAUGAGGGGGGAGGGCGUGAUCUUCCGCACUAAUAUACCUGUUGCUAUAUGCUGCAGGCUGUCAGUGUGUCAGUGUAAUGUCUUGACUGCGAGACCUCAUUUAAUGCACACACUUGACCUUUGUUUAUGUUGAAAUUUGGAGAUUUAACGGAGAGAAAAAAGAGGAAAUGAGUUUUUUCGUGGUCGCCUCUUCUGCUUUAGCGAAUCUAUUGGUGUAAGACCGUCGGAGGGAAACACAACAAGCAAGGUGAGAUGAGGGACAGACUGUCUGAGCUGCAUACCAUCACCCCUAAGCCUGCAGAGGAGCGCGGGCCUGAGGAGGGCGAUGACUCUGCAGAGGAUGGGAUUGCUCUGGAGCAACAUGCCAUCGUGUUUGAGGGAGACGAUGUGAUGGAGGGCAUCUACAAAGAGGCCCACGUGAUGAGGAAGGAGAUGCUGCUGCUCAAAAUGGACGUGAAGCGUCUCGGGAAGCAGAACACCAGGUUCCUCACAUCUGUCAGGAGGAUCAGCAGCAUCAAACGGGACUCCAAUGCGCUCGGACGUGACAUCAAGGCCAGAGGGGAGGGCAUUUACGCACGCCUGGAGAAGCUUGGGAAGCUGAGCAAGGAGCUGGAGGAGGAGCAUGGGCCCACCUCGGCUCUGGCUCGCAUGGUUCGCUCGCAGUAUUUCUCUCUGACCAGCGCCUUCCACGAAGCCAUGUCUGAGUACAACGCGGCCGAGAUGGCACAGAGGGAGAACUGCAAGACUCGCAUCCAGAGGCAAGCGGAGAUCAUGGGCAAGGAGGUGACCAGGGAGCAGAUAGACGAGAUGAUCGAGACGGGCAAGUGGAACGUCUUCUCGGACAAUCUCCUGCUGGAGGGGAAGACCGCCAGAUCUGCUCUGACAGAGAUCGAGAACCGGCACAAGGAGCUGCUGGAGCUGGAGGGCCGCAUCCGGGACAUUCAUGAGCUUUUCUUCCAGAUGGCCCUGCUGGUGGAGGAGCAGGGCUGCAUGCUGAAUAAUAUAGAAUCAAAUGUGUGUGCAACUCAGGACUAUGUUGUCAAGGCCACAAUUCAAGUCAAAAAGGCUGUGAAGUACAAGAAAAACCAUCCAUGCAAAAAACUGUUUUGUUGUUGCUUCCCUUGCUGCAAAUGAGACAGCAUCACUGUUAUUUUUUUUUUUAUCUCUCAAUGUCCAGAUAAUAUCAAGGUUAGAUUCAAAUCAGCUUCCUACGCAUUGACCUCAUUUUAAGGCAAUGAAUACUAGGCAGAAUAUACUGGAGGUCCAUAUUUCACACUCAUCAUUUUCAUCACUGAGCUGGUCUGAGAAAGAUCAGUAGUUCAAACCACACGUCCAAAUGCAUAUGUGUACAGUGUGAUAUGAGUGCUGCAUUUCCUGAAUCUUAAUGAGAACAGCUCAAUUACUGUAAAAACAUCUACGCUAUAAUUUAACGCAUAACUCAGCUUUGUCCUUGCACUUUCAGCUUUCAUGUUUUCUAAUGUUAUUUUUAGAUAUUUAAGUGAUGUAUAAUAUGGUUUAUUUCUAAAUAAAUGCCUUUGGGUGGCUAGUUUUGACAGCCUGAAUGUAGCUUAACUUGAACUUUAAGUCUGCUUCUUAGAGCCAUUGCUAAAUAAGUCUUUAGUAAUACAGUGAUCACACCAUACUGUGGUUAGGUGGGGAGGCAAGAUAGAUUUGUGUGGAUUGUGCAACUUCAAAAUGGCCACCCAUUGCUGUUAUUAUCACCAGCUAUAGGCCAGAGCUUGCUGUUUCUCAAGAUCUGUUGCUUCACACGAAAGACUGUUUCUCAGAAACGGACCUGUUUGAUGUUCAGUGAAAUGUCCCCCUGUAGUGUAAGAGUGGGUACUUCUGGCACAACUUCACCUACUGCCAUGGUGCACAGAGAAGGAAAUAAGUCUGAACAGGUCAAAACUCCAGUAGAGCUGAAACAUUUAGUCGAUUAGUCAAUCGGCAGAAAAUUAAUUCAUCGUCUUUAGUCAUUUUUAAGACAAAAUGUCCAAAGUCUCUGAUUCCGCCUUCUCAAAGGUGAAUAUUUUCUGGUUUCUUUAGUCUUUUAUGAUAGUAAACUGAAUAUCUUUUGGUUGUGGACUG